AUGCCCAUCAUCCAUGGCCUUUGGCUGUAUGGUCUUUCAGAACAGAGCACGAGGAUUGGCCUCACAUGGAUCGGUACGACAGCGCUUUUCAAUGGAGUAGGCGUUAUCGCCUAUGCUCUCAAGUUCCCCGAAGCGUAUUGCCCUCGUCGCUUCGAUCUCCUUGGUGCUAGCCACCAGAUUAUGCACGUCAUGGUGGUUAUUGCGGCCUUGUCAUAUGCGAAAGCCAUGAUUGUUGCAUUUGAUCAGACGCACCGCCAGGACACUAUCGUAUACCAACAAAUGUCCAACUUGCGCCGCAUGUGA